AUGGCAGCGAAAAGUGGAGGAAACGUUGACUGGUCGUCAAUAAUAAAGCCUAUUUUAGCCGCAUCUUACGGCUCAUUCAAUAAAAAUGAGAUUAUCGAGCUCAUCAAAGCCAUUAUCAAAAGCGAGGAGGAGCUUUUAUCCCACGAGGAGCAGUACGAUGCGUUUUACACGUCCUUUACAGCCCUCGUUGCUGAUUACAUCAGUGGAUGUGCAAAUACAUUGUCGAAGAGUCAGAUACCCACAGUAUGUCAGGCCUGCAAAAUUCUCCUGACGUAUCUCGUGGGGAAACAACCAGCUGAUGGAUCAUCAUCAAUUCUAACGAUGAAACAGCUUCUGCUGCCAAUUCGUGCACUCUGCACUGGCCAGAGCCUCCUGACAAAGACAGACGAAGUGGCACUAAUUGCAAUUAUGAAAAAUGCCAAUGUACCAACAUGUGUAACAGCCACAACGAAUACAUCUACGAAUAACGAGAAAGAUACAACGCCACAGCCAAUUAAAGAAUCAAAGAGGUCAAGAAAUGAUUUAUCAACUUCGAUACUUGAGCAAUUGACCAUGCCAUUGCAAAAUUUCGCCCCCUCUAUUGCCAUCAGCAAUGAUAUCAUAACCGAGAUCAAUAAGAAUUCUACGGAGAGCACUGGAAAUGAUGCAGGGAGUAAUGAAAUUAAAAUGAUUUUCAUUGCUAAUAAUAUUAGCACACUUCAGGGGAUUGGGGCUGGAGAUACUCUGCUCGACAUGUGCUCAAAUCUGCCUCAUUUAUCGCGAUACAUGAGGAAAUAUCAGGCAUACAUGAGCAAGAAGGGCUUCAGUCUGCCUGGAAAUCAUGCAGAAGCACACAUUAUCAGGCACAGUCUGCAUGCUGUUGUCAAUGACAUAAACAUCGUUCACAGUGUGGUCUCCUUACCAGUGCUGGAGCCACUGACACCAGCUAAACUUGAGAAAUUGUCCUUGCUCACAAUGUCCUGUCUCUACUGUUCAAUAGCCAAUGCAACUGCAUCAAGUAUCGUUGGUGUUUCCAAUGCAGUUUCCCCAAAAUGCAGCACAAAUGCGAGUAAUAAUUCCACGAGUCAUCAAGGAUCGAAUCAUGGUCAAUUGAGCAAGAAUACGGAAGAGGAUUACGACUCCUUGGCGAUAGCUGUUGUUGAAAAGAGUCUGGAGAUAUUUGGAUUAGUAUCGAAUAUAAUAAAACACAGUACAAGAGCAGGUGGACAUAUCCUUCAGAAUCAUCUGCUCAUUGGGGUGUGGUUACUGGUUGCUGGACUGCAAGCUCAACUGACUGUUAGCAGUUUCAGUAGCACGACUGAUAAGACUAAAGAGGAGAAGGGAAAGUCACCUAGUAAAGCCAGAGAUGGGACAUCGAGGAUUAAUCUCAUGAAGGUUCAACAGGGAUUUGGAGUUUUGUCUGUUGCUCUUGCGUCCCAUGCAUUGACCCUCAUGAGUGCAUUGCUUGAGGAUGUUUCUGUUGAGAUGAACAAUGAUACACCAUCACCAACAGAGUCGGCACCUCUCGAUAUUUUGGCAACCAGUACUGCUCUUCAGCGUGCCAUGACCUUCCUCCAAGAGGCACCACUUAACCAUUUGCUGUUUUAUUUGGCGACGAUUAGUUAUAGAAAGGCUUGCACUCUGAAAAGAGUACAAAAACAUCCCCAAGAAGGUGACACCCUGAGUCAAUCUGAUUCCACAACAUACUACGAGGAUCUGUUGAGUUUCUCAGAGAGUUCAACAGACGAAGAGGAGGACAGUGAGCCUAUCUUGGGCCUGUGGUUCGAGGAAACAUUGUCACCCUCUGAAGGAUCACCAACGAAUACUACCAAAGAUACUAAUAAUGAGGGCAAUGCUGAGAGGCCAUCCACCACCAUUGUUCCUGAUAAUAGAGAGCCACAUGGGUACAUCUCCCUGGCAACUCAAAUCUUUCAAUUCAUGAACCAACACCUCAUUGGCAGUCGAAGCUCCUAUGUUCGUGAAUAUGUAAUUAAUGGGCUUGUUGAGCAACAAAUGGUGAUUCUUGCUGCAAUAAUUCGAGAUUUGGAUCAUGAGACAGCUAGAACCGAGACUGGAACAAUUUCUGUGUUUUAUGGUGCCGCACUUGGUGCCAUGUACUCGGAAUUUUCUCAAGCACUGAGCCAAUACACCCACAAUUUGCUGGCUAGAAAUACUCUGAGUGAAUCUCUUCAGAAUACACUUCUACAGCAUCUCGGAGUCAGUCCUUGGACAAUUGAAGGCACUAGCUCCACCUCGUGGCCACUUCAAGUUUAUCCAAGGACACUCAGUGUUUUGGCACAAAUUUUAUUGCUGAAACCUCAGCUGGAGAAGGAGGCCGCUUGCAUCAGCAUCUGGCAGAGAUUAGUCACGACAAUGGUGGAGAACGUUUGCAAUCCACCAGUGACAUUUGAGCCAGAGAAUGAAGAUCUUAAUGUGGAGCAUGCUCAACUCGUUCUGUUUCUGUUUCAUUCAUUGAAUUUGAUGCAGAAAAAGUCGGUUUUACUGGUGACUGGGAGUGGAGCCGUUCGUUGCAGCGAAGCUGUCAAGACUCCCAUGAAAGAUUCACAAAUCCUUCACCUUUCUAGGCUAUUAUUACUGCUUGAGUAUAUGAUGAAGCAUCUUUAUGAUGCACCACCAUCACUUCUUGAACAGGUCCAAUGGAAUCUUCUCUCAGCCACAAGCCUCGUGUCCGACGCAAAAGAAGGCAACAAACAAGCAGCAAGGAUCUACACUCCCUGGAAAGAAAUUGAGGACAACUACCCGAAAGUUGGGCCACAAGAUGAAUUCACAAUGAAACCACGUUUUUACAACUUGACGAAUGCUGAUUUCAAUAAUCAGGAUACUCCAAAGCUCGAUGGCCUCGCCCUGAACUUUGUCCUCGGUACUCCCGAUAAAAUGAAGUAUCCUCUGUUAGUUGAUGCCCUCAUUGACAUUCUGAAUGUUGUAAAUCAAACCCACAUGCCGAAGAAAGUGGAGAACAAAGAGGGAAAGGAGGGGAAAGAGAAUAAAAUGUCGAUCACAGGAUUGUGUGCAACUCAGUACUGUUUCUCAAUUUGUUGGAGACUGAUACUGAUGCUUCCUCCAUCAACCCCAUACAUGGAUAAAUUAGCACUUGGUGAGGAAAUUCCAGCAGGGCCAAUGCUUCUCUACUCCCUAGUCUGGGGGCCCAGGGCUGCCUACAAAACGUUCAAUGGCUGGAUGAAGGAUUGUCUUGUUAAACAGGGCAUGUACACCCAGUACGCUGAGAAUCUCCUCAAGACAGUGUCCUCAACAGUCAAUUCAAUUAAAUAUGAUGUAACUCUAGCCAAGAACUGCAUCAAGACUCUCAAACCAGAGCUCAAUCCAUCAGACAAUAUAAUGCCAAAGUCAACUUUACCAAAGCUAAGUUCUCUAACAAUUCUAGCAUCAGUCAUUGGAAAACUCCAGGUACUCAUGGACGAGAGCAUCUCCAAGAGUCCCAUGGAACAAGACGCUGAAUCUACCAACAACAAGUCAGAAUCAUCAAACAAUGCAGCUCAAACUGCUAGUACAAACACCAAUAAAAUGAUCAUUGACAUUUUGCCUCACGUUUUAUUAUUAACAGAGGCUAUUCUCGCUUCCUGUCGUUCGAGUGUCCUCUAUCAGAUGCUCGAAUCCUCUGAAUCGAGUGCUGGCAAGUACAGUAUGAGGGAUUAUUUCGUUCUCGAUGGCAUCACAUGUGUUGCAGGUGCCUCGUGGGCCAUGGAGGCAUCAAUUGUCACGCUCUUGCCCAACACAAUCCGAUCAGUUCUCGACAAGUGGAAGGCCAUCAACGUUGCUCAUGUUCCUUGGAAUACAUACGCCAAUGACAUUAUCCCAGCUGAAAGCUACAUUCUAGCUACUGUGAAUCAUCACAUAAGCACACUCUCUCAACACGGGACAACAUUCUCCAUCAAUCCAUCAUUGAAGAAUCUUCUCCAUUCCCUGGUUGCUUUCCUCUAUGAGUACAUCAAUCCAACUACAGCAGCGGAGAAUUCUGAGAUCAGAGCUCAAGCCAUUGAAAUACUAAUUCCUCUGACGAUGGACGCCAGAACAGACUAUCUUCACGAUACAGCAUCGAAAACUUUGGUGAAACUUCUGGGGGCUGUUGACAGUGAAGCCAGACAGUUGAGAGAACAUCUCUAUGUGCUUAAUUAUACGUACAAUGUCAUCGUUGACUACACAACGAAUACUGAGGAUUCUUCUAUCAAUGUUUCAGUCGAUGGGAAUAUCCUCAAACAGUGCAUCAAAUAUUGGGAGCAACUGCUUGAGAAUUCAGUCGGCUGUAAAGCUCUAGACCAGUUCUUUGCCCCCAGCACAAAUAGAACUCUAGUUUCAGUUCUCCUGUCGAUUGCAUCGCCACAAGCCUCUCAGCAAUUCAGUACUCAUGUGCUCCAUUUCUUCAGCAAACUCUUCAGAACUGCUGAGAAGAAUAUGGAUGGUUCAUUGGAUCGUCUCUGCAAUUCUGUAUCAAAUUUGGCUGCUGUUGAUAAUGAAAAACUCCAGUGCUGGUUGAGACACGUCAUUCUGGGAUGUCCUGGAAGUUCCGCAAACGUCCAACCCAGUACUAUUGCCAGUAAUACCGAGAAUAUUACGAGUGAUUCAAACACUGGUGCCAGUGAUAAUAAUCAACAGUGGUCUUCACCUCCACCAGCUACUAGCACAGCACCAUCAGCCGUUGCAACAACUACAAAUGCCACUACAACAUUGUUACUAGAUUCUGAUAAGCAAAAUCCGAUAUCAAGUACUUCGAAUGAAGAAAAUCAACAGUUGAUGCGUGAGAACAACCAACUUCUCCAGGCAUUAACAAAUUAUAUAGUCAAGGCCAACAGUACUCUCGGUGAAAAUGUAUCAGUGACAAUUCUCCGAGCACUCAUUCCCCUCGGUUAUCACAUUCUGUCUCCUGCAAUUGAAGCGGCAGGAUUUCCAGAGUUGAUGCAGGUGAUGUCGAACCUUGCUGACGCUGGAUCUGACAAGGGACAUGUCCUGUUGUUCAGAGCGGCAACAGAUUGGGUUGAACUCUGCAAACAGCAGCUCAUGAACAAAGACACUGACACACAAAUCCUGGACAAACCAUCACCCUACAUCGAAGCAGGCUGUUGUGUCCUGAAUUACAUCUCGGAUAUUGUUGGAGCUGUGUGCCCUCAGAGACAGUUGCAGAGUUCCUCAACGGAUCGAGCAACAAGUCCACCCUGGGAGGGUGCAGCGCCUCUAACAAGUGGAGAUCUCAAUGACAGUGAUUGGGUUGAUGAACUGGUGCAUGAGGACGAGGACAGUGCUGCUGAAGACUCUGAUGAAGAUAGUCUCUGCAAUAAACUCUGCACCUUCACUAUUACACAAAAGGAAUUUACGAAUCAACACUGGUAUCACUGCCACACUUGCUCGAUGGUUGAUGGGGCUGGUGUCUGCACAGUUUGUGCUAGAGUCUGUCACAGGGGUCAUGAUGUUACUUACGCGAAAUAUGGAAAUUUCUUCUGUGAUUGUGGCUUCAAGGACGAUGGAUCCUGCCAGGCAUUGACUAAACGUAGUCCACAGAGUUCAGAACAUCAGGGCCAAGGACACCCAUCAAGCGCUUCAACGUUCAUUGGUAAUGGAGCAACCAGCGCAAGUGACAAUUCUAAUUUGAAUAAUAAUGCUACGAACAACAGGCUGCGUAGACGUGCCUCAAGUCCCACAGGUUUUGGUGACAAGUUGGAGAGGAAUGGAAGAGAUAAGGAGAAGCAAGUUGCUCUUGCUAAACAGCUGGAGGGAUCCAAAGACUGGGUGUUGACACAAUUAUGGUCCAGUGGACUUGUCACAUCCCUCGUCGAGCUCACCAGAACGUUGAUACCUGCUGUUGAUGCAUCUUGUCAGAAGAAUUCACCAGUUGGGUGUCACACUAGAGGACAGAUAGCACUCAGACAACUGCAUACCAUUGAAAAGAAGUUUAUUCAUACUGAUCAACUGAUGCUCUCAACUCUGGGCUCUCAAGAAGGGGCUUUUGAGAACGUCAGAAUGAAUUACUCCGGCGAUCAAGGACAAACGAUCCGCCAGCUCCUCUCAGCACACAUGAUUCGAAGAGUUGCCAUGUGUUGUCUGUCAUCACCUUAUGGCAAAAGACAACACCUAGCUGUUUCCCAUGAAAAAGGAAAGAUCACGGUUUUACAGUUGAGUGCAUUGUUAAAGCAGGCGGACUCUUCAAAACGCAAACUUACACUCACAAGACUUGCCUCAGCUCCCAUUCCCUUUACAGUUCUCUCCAUCACUGGAAAUCCCUGGAAUGAAGACUUUUUAGCUGUCUGUGGACUGAAGGACUGCCACGUAUUGACUUUCAACAGUUCUGGAACAGUCUCUGAUCAUUUGGUUCUCCAUCCUCAGAGAGAACCUGGCAAUUUCAUCAUUAAAGCCAUGUGGCUUCCAGGCUCACAGACACAACUGGCACUGGUCACGGCUGAUUUCGUCAAGAUUUAUGACCUCGGGAAGGAUGCACUGAGUCCUCAGUAUUACUUCCUCGUUCCCAUUGGAAAAAUCAGAGAUUGCACAUUCGUUCAUACCGAGGAUGAUGUCUUUUAUCUUCUUCUGAUGUCAUCUGCUGGUUACAUUUACAGUCAAGCUAUGAAUGAUGCUAGCUCUGCCAAACAUGGGCCAUUCUAUGUGACCAAUACUCUUGACAUUUAUCAUCCAGAGAUCAAAGAUUUCGGUCAAGUUGGAGGGGGUGGGGUGUCGAUUUAUUAUUCUCAUGCUCUUCAACUACUCUUCUUCAGUUAUACUUGUGGCAAGUCUUUCAUUGCACCUCUUAAGAAUAUGGAUGAAGAUAUUAUGACUGUUUUCAUGAUUAACAUUGCCAGCAACAAGUCAAAUGGCAACAAAUCGAACAACAAUCAGCCACAGCCGUUGUGCCAGUGGAGUGAAGUGGCAAAUCACCCUGGACUGGUCUGUUCUGUUCUGCAGACUAGCAAUAAUCCAGUCAUUCUGAUGAUCAAACCAGAUGUUGUGUUGAUACAAGAGAUUAAGGUUGUACCCAAGGCUAAAAUCAUGGAUAUGGUGGCAAUUAGGCAUCCAAGUUCAAAUGCCGAGCACAGAACAACGCUGAUUUUGCUUUGCGAAGAUGGAAGCCUGAGGAUCUAUAUGGCUGGCAUGGAGCAGACUGGCUACUGGAUGUCUUCCAAUGUCCAACCAAUUGGAACAAUGGCUGGAAUUAAACAAUCUAGGAAGAAGAAGACUGCUAAAGCCGGAAAACCAUCUGGUUCCGUGACAUUCCCGAUAGAUUUCUUUGAGCAUUGUCAAGUGAUGAAUGAUGUGGAAUUCGGAGGCAAUGAUCUGCUACAGAUUUAUAAUGUAGCACAGAUCAAACAUCGGUUGAAUACAACUGGCAUGUACGUCGUAUCGACGAGAACUAUUGGAUUCAAUGUGGAGGUAACGAAUAAUGAUCCGACUUUAGUGAUGUGCGGGGUGAGAGUGCAAUUGGGAAGUCAGGAUGUUCAGAGAGCUCCACUCUAUGUCGAGGUCUUUGGGAGGAGCAUACGUACGUCUUUGACCAGAAGUCGUUGGUUUGAUAUUCCUCUCACGAGGGAAGAGAGUCUUCAGGCUGAUAAGAAAUUGACAAUUACGUUUGGUCUGUCUCAAGAUCCUGAUGUCAUCAUGGUUGAUUCAAUCAAAAUUUAUGGAAAAACUAAAGAUGCUUUCGGUUGGCCUGAAGAACCAGAAGAGAUUCCAGCGGGACAGACCACUUCAGCCCCAGUCGUUCCUGCUGGCUCAUCAAUUACCAAUGAAAAUGAAACUGCAGUUAUCUCACCAGCAUCACUGACAUCAGUCGACAAAAUGAUUUCGAGUAUCUUGGAAGUACUGGAAUCAUCUUUCACAUUGACUGCAGGGGAUGAGAGUAAAUCAUCCCUCAAAAAUACAGCUGUUGAUGUGGCAUCAAAUCUGUUGACCCUACCAACACCUCCAUCAGUUCAGAUGCACACAAUGGCACUUUUGGCAGCCCUCCACAUGUCACGAAUAGCUUAUCACUCCCACAAGGAUCAAGUUCUGCUCAACCAUGUGUUGGAAGCAUUGAAAUCUAUGCGCAAUCUCAAUGUCACGUGGAUGGACGCUGAGAACUUUUACCGUUUGGCUCUGAUCGUGAGAAGUAUCGCCAUCUCUCGUCCCCACAAUCUUGCAAAAUUCACAGAACAAAAUUCUCCAAUAGCCAUCAAGGAAACGGACAUACCAGUCUUUGAGAGUGACAGAAUAUCUCAGAUUCAGAGUAAACGAAAUGAGAAUGAGCAGCAAGAUUCCAAUAGCAAUCAACACAUGGUUCUCCAAUUGAUGGACGUCUUCUGGACCCUCCACAUGGCUUAUCCCAAAAAUUUAGCCCUCGCACCAGUCGUCGUUCCAGGGCUAACCCAUACAGAAGCCAUUACUUACGCACUCGUUGAGAUAAUUCACUCGUUCACAAUGUGUGAUAUCGAAUGGAACUGUGGACUGGCAGCGAGACUCUACCUUCAGCUCCUUUUGUCAUCCGAUACUGCUGUUAGUUUCAGUGCUAAACAGGCCAUCAUCAGAGUCCUGAGACCUAGAUACAAGAAACGAAGGGUUUACGUGCCCAGUCCACCUCACUGCAGUACCCCAGGAGUCUCAGGUACUGCCAAUUCAAAUGAGGUGGAGGAGAAACCGAUGGAGGACUCGUCACUUCAUGGAGAACAGAUGGAGGAUGCUCGUCAGUAUGAUGUCGAUGCAGUGGAACCAAUGGCGUUACUUGGAGCCGAGGGAGAUCAGGCAGAAAGACUGCCUGGUCUUCCCCAUCCCCUCGAAGCUCUCCUGGGUCCUGCAGGAUUCCCACACCUUCUCGAUCUCCCCGAGGCUGAUGACGAAGCAAUGAUGGGUUUGGCCAUUGCUCUGAGCCUUCAGGAUCAAGAGGGAGGUGGUCCUGAUCUUCAAGUCCUUCAACAGGGAUUAGUGAAUUUCCAAGGGAUUCCAGGCUUGGAGAAUCUCAGUGGACCUGCUCUCCGGAGCCUGCAAACUCUAGCUGCUGCCCAGGGACUCAGAGGAUUGCAAGGUAAUCUUGCUGUUCAAGAUCCAGUUAGACCUUCUGCAUCUGGAUCAGUCGGAGGGAACGAAGGCAAUUAUUCAGAUACAACGACAUCAGCCGGUGGUUCUGACGAUGAGGCCACUGACAAUGGUUCAACAGCUGCAACUGAUGCCAGUAGCACUUUGAGAACAUCACCAGCACCUGAGCAACAGAGAGAGAGUGGUGGUAGUGAGAGUGGAGGAAGUGAGCAAAAUGUGUCAGGAUCGUCUUCAUCGUCGUACGGAGAUUCCAACAACGAACAGCCCCAGACUAGUAGACGAUCGGAUGAGCCAAGCUCCUCAGGCACUGCUGAUGCCAAUGCGAGUGAGCAGAACAAGCAGGAUGAUGCCGAAGAAACUGAAGAGGUCAUUGAACAAGAACCCGAGGCCACUGAACAAGAGCCUGAAACUGAAAUUCCACCACCGUCAGAGGCCACAACUAAGUUACACUCAGUGCGUCUGUGUCUGCUCGAAAAGUUUAUGCAAUUCAUUCCAGAAAUGUCACAAAAUGUCUCUGGAGUACUUUCCAUACCAUAUAUGCAAGUUAUUCUCAUGUUAACUUCCGAUCUCGAUGGAUCGGACGAACGAGAUCGCAAUUGUGUUGAAAAAUUAUUGAAUAUUUUGAUUAAACAAUUGGAGAUGAAUACAACUGAUAUAAGUGACAUCAAUAAGCGCACCGACAAGCGUGAAGUGCAUUUGGUUAUAAUGAGGCUGUUGAGUGUGUUGAUGUCACGAUCCAAGUACAAUACAAAAGCCCAAAAUGACAAUUCAAAUUUUGUGUCACAAAUGACAGCGAGUACCUUGAGCAAAGCUGGUGUCAUCAAUCACUGCCUGACAUUGUUGACAGAACUCUUGAAAUACUGGAAGACAACAUCGACAGAGGAUGCAGGUACCGUAAUCGGUGGACAAUUACUGAAAGAGCACUUGACAACAUCUCCACCAGACAUGUCUCCAUUCUUCCUUCGCCAGUACGUGAAAGGUCAUGCCACUGAUGUCUUUGAACCAUAUCCCCAGCUGUUAACAGAAAUGGCUCUGAGACUUCCUUACCAAAUUUACAAAUACAGUGCGGAAAAUAACAUAUCAAUUCAGCCGCUCUUUGAUCAGCAAGCUUGGCACUUUUACCUCUGUGAAUACAUGAUGCUGUAUCAGACUCCAUUCAUAAGACGUCAGGUGCGAAAAUUGUUGCAGCUUAUUUGUGGAAAUAAGGAGAAAUACAGACAGUUGAGGGAUCUGCAUGCACUGGUCUCUCACAUUCAAUCUGUUAAGCAAUGCUGCAACAACAGUACCAAUCAAAUUGGUGGAGGUCUUCCUCUGGACUCUCAACAGCAGUCCAUUGUCCUGCCUUAUGAUUCUCUGGUGGAGCUAAUUGAACACCUCAAAUGCUGUGUGGAAAUAGCAACGAGUAGAACUGGCAAUUGGCAGAGAUUCUGUCUCAAGCAGAAUACAGUUCUCUCUUAUCUAUUCAAAAUUUCUACACUUCUUGAUGAAGGUGUCAGUCCCACGGUCCUCCAACUCCUUCAGUGUGCCAUUUGUUCAACAGCAAAGUCGAGGGAAACGAAAGCCAAGGGUGGUGAUUCGAAGAGUACAAUAUCAAAGGAGAGAAGAGAUCGUGCCAAGUCAGAGGAUUCUGACAUUGAGGCUAAAUUUGAAGAGACUCAAUGUGUCAUUCUUGUGGAGCAAAUUCAGAGACAGGUGUCAUCAUCAUUACUCACCAAAUUCAUCAGGACCUUCUUGCUCGAGACUAAUAACACGAAUGUCAGGUGGCAGGCACACUCACUGAUUCUAGCCAUCUUCAAGAACAGUGGACCAUCACAUCAGGAAGCCCUGUUGGACCUGCUUUGGAAAAUGUGGCCACUCUUACCAGCUUACGGUAGAAAAGCAGCCCAAUUCGUCGAUCUCCUCGGAUAUUUUUCACUCAAAACUCCCGACACUGGUAAGAAGAUGCACACGUACAUGGAGCAAGCGGUGUCUGUUCUCCAUGCACAAAAUCAACUGCUUGCACGUCAUCCAAGUGCCAAUCUCUACACUGUACUGGCUCAAUACGUUGAGCUUGAUGGAUACUAUCUCGAGAGUGAGCCCUGUCUAGUCUGCAAUAAUCCCGAAGUCCCCAUGGCAACAAUUAAAUUAUCAUCUAUCAAAGUUGAUUCAAAAUUCACGACAACAACGCAAAUUGUCAAGUUGGUUUCCAGUCACACAAUCAGCAGGAUAAUGCUGAGAAUUGGCGAUUUGAAGAGAACUAAAAUGGUGAGGACCAUCAACAUCUUUUACAACAAUAGGACAGUGCAGGCUGUUGUUGAAUUGAAGAAUAAACCAGCCAUGUGGCACAAAGCCAAAAAAAUUACUCUCGCCCAAGGCCAAACUGAAGUCAAAAUGGAAUUUCCACUUCCAAUUGUCGCCUGUAAUUUGAUGAUUGAGUAUGCAGAUUUCUACGAGAACAUUCAGGCCUCUUCAGAGACACUCCAGUGCCCCAGGUGCUCAGCCAACGUUCCUGCUAAUCCUGGUGUCUGCGCCAAUUGUGGAGAGAAUGUCUUCCAAUGUCACAAGUGUCGUGCCAUUAAUUACGACGAGAAGGAUCCUUUCUUAUGUCACGCCUGUGGAUUUUGUAAAUACGCCAAGUUUGAUUAUACAUUGACAGCGCGUCCUUGCUGCGCUGUGGAUCCAAUUGAAAAUGAUGAGGAUCGAAAGAAGACAGUUGCAACGAUAAAUAGCUGGCUGGAGAAGGCUGAUAGAAUCUACAAGACAUUGACCUCAAACAAACCAACUUUGGAAAUGUUGCUGAUGAAGAUUGCUGAGCACAGAUCAGAUACUAGGAAUAUUGAGGAUGGGGUGCAGGUGAGCAAUUCCGGUGGAAAUACUCAGGUGAAUCGAACAAUUCAACUGUUGGCUCAGAGAUACUGUGGAGACUGCAAGACAUCGUUUGAGGAACUCAGCAAGAUUAUUCAGCGGGUAAUUGCCUGGAGAAGAGAACUCGUGGCUUACGACAGAAAUCAACGAGGAUGUCUCCAGCAUAAACGACAAAUAAUCUCCAAGGAGAGUGAAGACGAUGAGGAGGAGAAAGAGAAGGAAUUGGAGGAUGAUGAAGAGGAAAAAAUAAUUAUACCUCCAGUAUCGGGGAGAUGUUAUGGAUGUGCCACAGCUGCCACUGAACAUUGUCUCACUCUUCUUCGUGCAUUGGCAACAAAUUCAGCGGCACGUGAAGUUCUCUGCAAACAGGGUCUCAUUCAGGAACUGAUCGAGAAUAAUUUACGAAGGGGAACAGUCCAAGUGCAGGAAGAGGUACGUCAGCUUCUCUGCUUAGUCACGAGGGACAACAUCCAGUCGACCAAAGAGCUCUGCACAUUGCUGAUGAAUCGUGUCACCAUGACACUGAAAGGUCGAGUAUCAACUUCAGAUCUUGCAAUGGCAGUACGUCAUGAGAUGUCGCUAUUGGCAGCUCUGGUGCAGAAGGAUGACUCGUGUUGGGAACAAAAACUUCGGUGUGUCAUGCAGCUCUUCCUGAUGGCCUGCAAGGAAUCAAAGAGUCCGGUUGUCAUGGAGAGCCUUAUUUUACCCUCUUUGAAGAUCCUCCAGAGUCUAAUAAAACCAGAUCAGCCGGUGUCUAAGAAGAAUAAGGACAAGACCAUCGAGUCCCUGGCGACAAUUCAACCGCCACCAGAGGGUGUCAGCAUUGAUGUUGCUAAAUGGUUGAAUGGAGAGUCUAAACACUCUUAUUCAGAGUGGCUACAGAGGAUGCCAGCGAAGAAGACAUCUCUCCCUCAUGGAUCGAAUAAAUCACUUAAGAAGGAUGAAGCUAGAGUGCUGUACCUCAUGGAGAAAUAUGGCCACCGCUGGCAUUAUCGUUGCACUCGAUUGAGGGAGAUUCAACCGCUAAAACUAGUUGAUGGCGCCUGGCUGAAAGAAGUUCUCUUCAAUCCAAGCUCAAGAUUAGCGAGACAAGUUGCUUGUAAUAUGGUAGAGAGUCUCUGCCAAGGUACAGAGAGAAAAAAGAAAAUUCUCGUCCUGAUGACUGGUUAUCUGGAGGAAUUGAGGACUGCUGGGGAGAGCAGUGCAGAAUUUUUGUCCCUUUACCAGAGUCUAAUUCGUCAACUACCUUGGAAGCAAUUCCUCGCCGUGAGAUGUGGAGUUAUGAUUAAAUUGGCUGACUUGUUGACUCGUGAAAUUCAGGAAUUGCAUCGAUUGGAGGAGACAACACUCACGAGUGAUUUGUCACAGGGAUAUUCAUUGAAGAUGUUGACAGAACUCCUUGCGACAUUCUUGGAGCAAGAGAAUAUCAAGCAACAGUACAAAGGGAGAUUGGUUGGUGCUGUUCUCAAUGGAUAUCUCUCUUUGAGGAGAUUGGUUGUACAGAGGACUAGAUUGAUCGAUGAUACUCAAGAGAAAUUGCUGGAGCUUCUGGAAGAGAUGACUUCAGGCACUGAAGAAGAGACCAAAGCAUUCAUGGCUGUCUGCGUAGAAACUGUUCAGAAAUACAGUCCUCAGGAUGUUCGUACACCAGUUUUUGUAUUCGAGAGACUUUGUUCCAUAAUAUACCCAGAGGAGAAUGACGUUGGGGAGUUCUUUUUGACACUGGAGAAAGACCCACAGCAGGAAGAUUUCCUUCAGGGCAGAAUGUUGGGUAAUCCGUACAGCAGUCUAGAGCCUGGAUUGGGACCAUUGAUGAGGGAUGUGAAGAAUAAAAUUUGUCAAGACUGUGAAUUGGUGGCACUGUUGGAAGAUGACAAUGGAAUGGAACUCUUGGUGAAUAACAAGAUCAUCAGUUUGGAUCUGCCUGUCAAGGAUGUCUACAAAAAGAUUUGGGUUCACGAAGGUGGGGAAUGUGAUGCCAUGAGAGUUGUAUAUAGAAUGCGAGGACUUCUUGGUGAUGCCACUGAAGAAUUUGUGGAGACUCUCAAUGCAAAUAGUGAACAGGAGAUUAAUAAUGAGGAAGUCUAUAAAAUGGCUAAUGUUCUUGCUGAUUGUGGAGGGCUACAAGUGAUGCUCGAUCGUUUGUCUGCUAUUCACGACGUUGGGCGAGCUCGACCGCUACUUCAAGUACUUCUUAAGCUCUUCAGACUGUCUGUCAAAGUGAAGAAGAAUCAACAAGUAUUGAGUAGACCAGAAUUGGGUGCUGUUACUGUGUUUCUUCAAGUCCUCCAGAGAUGCCUGGCAACAGAAACAUCCGAGACGACCGGUCAGGCACAGGCUAAAGUAACAGAACAACUCCUCGACAUAAUGGAGACGAUUCUGGCAAAUGCGACAUCUCAAUCUCUAGAGUCAUUUGAGGAAUUUUCAACGACUCUUGGAGGCCCUGAACACGUGAAAGCUCUCCUCUCUUGCACUCAAUCCUCAGCUGUCAGACAGAGCAAUAAUGUUCUUAUUCACCUAGCUAGAGUCUUAGCAGCCUUGACAUAUGGAAAUAAAGAAAAAAUGGCUGUUCUCUGCGAUUUCUUCAAGCCUGUACUGAAUUUCUACGAGUUUGAUUACGAACACACUGCAGAGGACGAACAAAAGCUGGAGCUCUUCUGUAUUCUAACCCAGGGAAUUGAGAGAAAUUCCAUUGGAAAUACCCUGAAAGAUUACAUAAUUGAUAUGGGAAUAGUUAAAAAUGCCUUUGAAUACAUCACAGUAUACGCUCCAUGUGUAAAACCAACUCUACUUCGUACAGACAGUGACGAAUUGAAAGAAUUUAUCUCAAAACCAGCACUCAAAUACAUUCUCCGUUUUCUCACUGGUUUGGCUACACAUCAUGAAUUGACCCAGCUCGCAGUAUCACCAGUAACUAUCAGCAUAAUUCAUCGACUCGAACAAGUAUCUUCGGACGAACACGUUGGGUCACUCGCUGAGAACCUUCUGGAGGCCCUCUGCACCAAUACCAAGGUGGCUCAACUAAUCGAGGAGGCAAGGCAACACACACGAAGUGAAAAGAAACGUCUGGCUAUGGCAAUGAGAGAACGUCAACUUGGUGCCCUUGGAAUGCGCACAAAUGACAAAGGCCAAGUGACAGCAGCAAGUGGAGGAACUAUUCUCCAACAGAUGGAGGAUCUUGGGGAGGAUGAGACUGGUCUAGUCUGUGUUAUCUGUCGUGAGGGCUACAAAUUCAAGCCAAAUCUGGUCCUUGGUAUUUAUACCUUUACAAAACGUUGCAAUGUCGAGGAAUUUGAGACGAAACAACGCAAGACAGUAGGAUACACAACUGUAACGCAUUUCAAUGUUGUUCAUGUGGAUUGUCACGUGUCAGCUGUGAGAUUGGCGAGAGCUAGGGAUGAGUGGGAGAGCGCAGCUCUCCAAAAUGCCAACACCAAGUGUAAUGGUUUGCUGCCUCUCUGGGGACCACAGGUGCCAGAAUCAGCCUUUGCUACCUGCCUAGCUAGACACAAUACUUAUCUCCAGGAGUCAACUGGCCACAGGGAUAUCUCUUAUUCGUCGACAAUUCACGACUUGAAGCUGUUGUUGCUGAGAUUUGCACAGGAGAAGAGUUUCCAUGAUGAUACCGGCGGUGGUGGACCUCAAUCCAAUAUGCACAUCAUUCCUUAUCUCACUCAUAUGGCCCUUUACGUAAUGAAUACCACUAGAUCUGGGGGUAAAGAGGAGCAGCAGCUGACGAGCUACUUGAGGUCCUCGCCUUCAGCAUCCUGGUUGGACAGUUGUUAUGAGGCUGAAGGCCCUUAUUAUCAAGCAGUUCUUUCACUUAUGAUACAUCCACCAGCCCGAUGGCAACAGGAGAAACUCAUCCAUUUGAGGAGGCUCAUUGUUUUGGCACAUCAGAGGUAUAUCGCACCCUCUGGGCCCACCAAAACCAUCACUGAAACCACUGUCAAAGAUUACUCUAUUUAUAAGAGCGUCCUCAUCUUUUUUGGACUCAUCGAUGCCAUUUAUGGAAACUUCUUCAAAGAUCCCAGUCUUUCUGCGAAAAUGACCUCGUCACAGCAACAAUGGUCCACUGUUUUGGCUGAUUAUAUCAGGGAAAAUGAUGAAGCAAUGCUCAAAGCUUCUGAAAAAGUUCUCGUUGCUUACCGAGAUGAAUUGCUGCCUUGUGCGUCGUUCGAUGAAUAUUGUGAUGUUGUCGGUUUACUGGGGGAGAUACCAGACCUCUCUUUCUACAUAACUGACCUUCUGAAGAGCUUUGUUUGAUGGAAAUAUCGACAAAAAACACUACGUACUUUACGAUCAUCAGAGAGGAAAAAGAAAACUGCAUCUGAAUUGUAAUUGGCUUUUUUCCAUUUCUGUACACGAAGCAAAAUAUUAACAAUCUUUUUGAUUAAUGUUAGUUGCUAUUUACUACAAUUAUGAUUGACAUCUCGUUGUGUCUCGCUUCAUUAUUUAUGCAUUCAUAGUGUUAGCCGAAGUAAAUGUGAAUGAAACAAUGAGGUAUGUGCUUCGAUGAAAAUUGGAUCUAAUAAAAUGUUUGCAAAUGUUAUUACUACUAUACAA